AGGUAGUCUUGGCAAGUACACUCAGCAUUACUCUCAGAGCUUGGGUAGUUUUUAUGUUGCCCUCUGAGCCAGACCCCUCCAGUCAUGAACAGUGAACAGCACUAUUAUGCCUCCGCUCAGCUUUACAAGGAUUCGUGCGCUUUUCAGAGAACGCAGAGCCAGGACUAUAACCACAGCCCACCGCAGUGUCUGUACAUGGGGCGGCAGCAACUGGCUUCUUUCUCCACACCGGCCCUGGGUGGUGUAGAGCAGGGCAGCCCUCCGGACAUUUCUGCUUAUGAAAUACCGCUAAUUCCCGAGGACCCCGGCGUCUCCCACCUUCAUCACCACGCGUCUCAGCAUCACCACCUUAACCACCAGCAGGUGAUGGGAUUCGGGGACGUGGCGGAGAUGGCACUACUCGAUGAGCGCAGCAGGGUCCAGCUGCCGUUCCCCUGGAUGAAAUCCACGAAAUCGCACGCCCACACCUGGAAAGGACAAUGGCCAGGUGGGUCGUACAUGGCGGAGCAGGAGGAAAACAAGCGCACAAGAACCGCGUACACGAGAGCCCAGCUUCUAGAAUUAGAGAAAGAGUUUCUCUUCAACAAAUACAUAUCCCGACCACGGAGAGUGGAACUGGCGGUGAUGCUCAACCUGACCGAGAGACACAUAAAGAUCUGGUUCCAGAACCGGAGGAUGAAAUGGAAAAAAGAAGAAGACAAAAAGAGGACGAGGAACGGUGACCCAGAGCAGGACUCCUCCGUCUCCUCCGGGGAUUUGAAGGACGAGCUCUGCGGCGCUUCGACUCUGCAGACCAGGGAAUUGGUCACCGCCAGCGUCGCGUCUUCUCCGCAGACCAGCAUCACCCAGGGGUCCGCGUUAAGAACCCCCGCAUGAUGAUAAUCACGAUGGACAGCUGGAAAUCAAACAUGUAUUAUAUUACUGUACCCGGAAGAGUGCUGAAAAAGAGACGGCGAGAUUCAGUUAAAGCGGAACCCGUGUGGUAACAUUAACACCCCUUUCAGAACUAAACGUAAUCCUCAGAAACGGAAAGUAAAUGAAGCAUUUUUAUUGGAGGGGAUGAUGUUCAGGGAGCUUUUAGAAGGACAAACUUCCCAGAAAAGUGCUUGAUUUGUGUUCUGGUUCACGAGGAUCUCCUAGUUUCUUUGGACUGGUUCCCCCCACGCGGUCAACGCCGCCGCCUUUCCCCGUGUUUUUACCGUCUGCUUUCUGCAUGGUGGAGAAGACUGCGUUCUAGCGUGCGUUUACCAAAGAAACAUAGCAGUGAGGCUUUGAUACUUUUGCACUAGAAAACAAUGAAUUAUCAUCAUUAUUAUGAGUAUUAUUACUAUUACGCGCAUUAAUGUGGAUUACUGGAUUUAGAGACUGCCAAGGUUACUGUAGAACGAUAUAUAAUGGCGUGAUUACUUUUCUUGCUUCACAGCUGAAGUAUGGAUUUAUUUC